AUGAAGUUUAGCAUCUUCUUGCCACCUAGCGCUAGCGACAGUCACAAAGUGCCUGUUCUCUUCUACUUGGCUGGGCUUACAUGCACCGACGAGGUAUUGUUUGUCAAGGCACCUGAAGCACAAAAGGUGGCAGCCACUCGAGGUAUUGCCAUCGUGACAACCGACACGAGUCCACGUGAUGUGAGCAUUCCUGGUGACGAAGACAGUUGGGACUUUGGUACGGGUGCUGGUUUUUACGUGGAUGCCACGGAGCCUAAAUGGGAUGAGCACUACCGCAUGUAUUCAUACGUAAGUAAGGAGCUGCCGGCUCUUAUCACUGCCAACUUCCCAGUGCAAGAAGAUCGACAGUCCAUCAUGGGACACUCAAUGGGUGGACAUGGCGCUCUAGUGCUUGGAAUUCGCAAUCCAACUCAGUACCAGUCCAUUUCUGCAUUUGCACCCAUUUCACAUCCAAGGCAGUGUCCAUGGGGAAUAAAAGCAUUUACUGGCUACCUUGGUGUAGACCAGGAAAGCUGGAAGCAGUACGAUGCCACGCAGCUCAUGCUUAGCCACGGCCCAAUUCCUCAAUCGAUUUUGAUCGACCAAGGCCGCGAAGACACUUUUCUGCAAGAGAAGCAGUUACUACCUGAAGCAUUUGCAGCGGCAUGCGAAUCGGUUGGUCAAAAAGUCACGCUUCGAAUGCAAGAUGGAUAUGAUCAUAGUUACUAUUUUAUUGCAUCUUUCAUCGAAGAUCAUAUAAAUCAUCACGCGGAUGCUUUACUUUGUGUAAAGACAUAA